GAGACCAAUCGGAGACGAAUCUCUGCCCCGUUCGGCACGCCUCCCUUAACUGUCGCGAAUGCAAAGGCAACUUUACGGCAGGCAGAGGGUGGGGGCUGCCGGGGGUAAGGAGGAGAGAAGGAAGCAACCAACCAACCAAGUCGUCCCUACUCCCUCCACCCCCACCCAUCCCGGACCUGGUUUACGGCUCCAGGCUCAGGCUCCACUGCGGGCGCUGAUUGGUUGUUGGAGGCUUGGUCCCAUCCCAGUGACCCCAAAGUGCUGAAGGGAGGGGGCGGGGGUGGCCCAGUGCAAAGUGCAUCCCGAAAGCCCCCUGUCCGGAGACCCCACGACUGGCACUUCGGGCCGCGUAUGACCUGGGACCUCGCCGUCCCGAGACCUCCUGGGUCCCUCCGUAGCUGGAAGCCUCCGGCCCGGAGCGCGGCAGCCCCCUGCUCCGAGCCCUGGACCGGGACUGCCCCCCCACCCGAGCCAGGACUUCCUCCCUGCCUCCCUGCACCCCUGCCCCAAGGCUGCCCGGCGGCCGGGAUCGCCACCUCCUGCCUUCUCGGCUGUUCGGAUGUUCGCCGGGCUGGGGCCGUGAGGCACCGAGGAGGAUCAGGAACACCAGGGUCCGGCCCUGCCUGGGGUAUUUCUUCAAUGGAGAAGUUGGUGAGUGUAGAGGAGGCUGAAAGGAGGAAGAGAAGCAGCAGCUGAGGAGACAGGUUUGAGCUGGCUGAAGAAGACGCGAAAGCAGGAAGAGGUCUGCCCACCUAUCAGAGAAGCAGAAGGCACAGUGCCUCUGACCAGCAUCGUCUGUAAAGGUUAAGAAGGCUUUUUUGCUCUGUAGCCUGGACAUGCUUUGAAGCCCCUCCCCACGAUGCUGUAUGUGCACAAUGGUUACUAGGCAAUCCGUACAUCAGGAGAAGGGACACUCUUCCAUAAGGCUGAUCCCCGUAACCUAAUGAAUCCUUUGUAAAAAGUGGACUCAGCUAGGAUGUUACACCAUCAUUGUCGAAGGAACCCUGAGCUCCAGGAAGAGUUGCAGAUUCAGGCCGCGGUGGCUGCUGGGGAUGUCCACACAGUGCGAAAGAUGCUAGAACAAGGCUAUUCCCCGAAUGGCCGAGAUGCGAAUGGCUGGACUCUGCUUCAUUUCUCUGCAGCAAGAGGAAAGGAAAGAUGUGUUCGGGUUUUUCUAGAACACGGAGCUGAUCCUACAGUUAAAGACUUAAUCGGAGGCUUCACGGCUCUUCAUUAUGCAGCCAUGCAUGGCCGGGCCCGCAUUGCACGCUUGAUGUUAGAAUCUGAAUACAGGAGCGACAUCAUUAAUGCAAAAAGCAAUGACGGCUGGACUCCCCUCCAUGUGGCUGCCCACUACGGCAGGGACUCGUUUGUCCGGCUUCUCCUGGAGUUCAAGGCUGAGGUUGACCCACUCAGUGAUAAAGGUACCACACCACUUCAGCUCGCCAUUAUCCGAGAGAGGUCAAGCUGUGUGAAAAUCCUCCUGGACCACAAUGCCAACAUCGACAUUCAGAAUGGUUUCCUGUUGCGAUACGCCGUGAUCAAAAGCAAUCACUCUUAUUGCCGAAUGUUCCUUCAGAGAGGGGCAGACACAAACUUGGGUCGCUUAGAAGACGGACAGACUCCUUUACACUUAUCUGCCCUUAGGGAUGAUGUGCUGUGUGCACGGAUGUUAUAUAAUUACGGAGCAGACACGAACACACGGAACUAUGAAGGACAGACCCCAUUGGCUGUUUCAAUAAGUAUUUCUGGAAGUAGUCGACCAUGUUUGGAUUUCUUACAAGAAGUCACAAGACAGCCCAGAAACUUGCAGGACCUGUGCCGAAUUAAAAUUCGACAAUGUAUAGGUCUUCAAAACCUAAAGCUACUUGAUGAACUACCAAUUGCCAAGGUCAUGAAAGACUACUUAAAACACAAAUUUGAUGAUAUCUGAUAUGCCAGAACUGUGAGCAAGAUUAGGAGUUCUAUUCCAGAUACUUAAAAGGCUUUUUGCCUUGCACAAAGUAUAUCCUAUGCAAUUUCUGAUUUGCUGUGAAAUCAGAAAGCAGGUAUACACUUUUGGGUUUUCUGUUUGUUUGGUUGGUUUUCAUUGUAGGGGAGGGAUUUUUUAUAUAUAUAUAUAAAAACACACACCACAUGCUUGAAGGUCUUAAUUUGGUUUCUUGGUCCAAGUUUAAGAGGUCCAAGCUUUGUAUACAAUACUGCAUUUAGAAAAAUUGUCUUUUCUUAAAUGGCACAAGCAGGUUUGGAGUGGAGAAUUUACCCUUUCCAAAUGUAUGGUUCCUUGGUAAGCACGGUAUUCUAAACCAGCAGAGCACUUGUUAACGUUUGGAGGCACAGUUUCACCCAGGGCGACCCUGGGUUCUUUUGGAAAAUGCCCUAAGAAAUGUUUGAAGUAACGCUGUCACCUCAUUCAUUUUUAAUGAGUACAAACUGGCCGUUUCAAACUGUUCUUUUUCCUAAUUAAUGUAGCUUUCGGAUGACAUAAAUCCAGUACCUCUGCUUUUCUUUUGGUGUGCUCUUGUUUUUAACUUAUUUUUUUUUUUAACAACUGUAGUACACUACCCUGAGACAUUGCGUCUCGAUUUCUAUCUCUAGUUAGAGUUGUACUUUUAAAAAAAUUAAUGGGAAAGAAAAUAACUUUGUGAAGCCAGUGUAUUCUGUUUCUAAAACUGUGCCCGCAGUGCAAUACUCCUUCUGGUGUAUUUUAUCCAUUAUUUCACUUGCUGGUCGCCAUUUCACAGCCAGCUUUGACAUGCCCGUGAGGACAGGGGCCGCCGCUUCAGUUGUCACUGCAGAGCCAUCGUAUGUCAGUUGCAAUUUCCAUUUGAAGCUGUGUCUUUGACUUCACUUUAAGCAGAAAAUGUUGUACCCUGCUGGUACAAAAAUUGUUAAAUCAUUUGGCUUUGAUGGUUCAAUAAUUUGGGGUGGCUUCAUGGUGUUUCUUUUCUUCCCAGUUUAAAAAAAAAAAAACUUUUUAAGCAUAAAAUCUUUAAGGGGUACACAUUUAUAAGUCUGGCUAAUUUCUAAUAUGCUAAUUAAACAUUUCCCAUUUUAAGGUUAUAUACAGUGAGGCUCUUCAGGACAGUUAUUUUCUGGGUUGAUUGGGCAUAUGUUUGCCGUGUAAACACGGAUAUGAUAAAGUGUCAGUAACAAUGGAAAAGGUCCCAGAGGCAUUAGGCAUCUAAGAGGAUGCCCUCAGAAACGUAUUCUGGCUUGAUUUGUGUUAUUAACUUCAGAAGAACCUUUUCAGAUGUCCCAGUAUCGUUCUUAGUGCUUUGGGAAAAAAUAUUUACACACUGUUAAUAAAUUUGUUAUCAGAAGUUUACAAGACGAAGGGCUUCUCUCGUCUGAAUUUCUAGAUUUAAGUCAUGAAGUGUAAAACUGUUUCACCCAGAAGUGUAACUAAGCAGAACUAGGAGUUUUCUCUGGCUUCACCUUUUUCAGAGCCAGCAGUGCUAUUUUCUCAAGCACAGCGUUUGCUCUUAGACUCUGAUCUGCUUGUGCCUAAGCAUUGCACAGGUUUCCGAAGACGGGCAGCUUCAGAGAAGAGGAUUAUUCGGGAGAUUGCUGGUGUGGCCCAUAGACUCUUUGGCAUAGACUCUUUUGCAGGCAGCCACUCUGAGUGUGGCCAGUUCUAUAACCAUCCCCAAACUAGCUGGAGCCUGAUGGAUAGGAACGGGUAGUCUGUCCUCUUCCCCAUAAAAAUGUUCCAAAAAGUUAUCUCCAGAGAGAGUCCCUUAUGAAGACAGUUGCCAAGCUGUAUUCUCAUUCUUUAAACUAAUACCCAGGUCAGGGCUAGGACACACUAGCACUGUCAGGGACAUGGUGUGGCUAGAAAUGAAUUGAGUGUGACUUCUCCCUACAACCCCAGGCCCAGGGAUAUGAGGAGGCAGAGGGGUGCCUGGAGUUUCUGCACUCUCAUCAGUGAUGUUCAUGUUACACUUGCACAAGGGCUUAUUUCCACGUAUGUGUGUGUUAAUUUAUUCACUUAGUUUCAAAUGAUUUUCUCUCCCCAGCCAUUCAGAGGUUUCCAAACUAAGCCACUGAGUUUGAGUCAGGGAAUUCCACGUAAAAAGAUCAGAUUAAGGUAAAUUCUUUGUUCUGUAUUGCUGCUGUGACUUCAGAAAAAAAAAAUUAUGAGAGCUCUUCCUGGAAUUUUGAAAUUUCUAUUUAAUGAAGAAGUGUAUAAUUCCAUUAUUUAUUGUUUGAGGUUUGAUUUAUCUGGAAGCUUAAAAAGAAUGUUUUAUUUUUGUUGUUAAUAAAAUCCCAAUCACAUUUCACAAUAACUAAAAUGUCUCCAGGUGGGUUACUGGUAGAUGAUAGUGGUGACACCUGCAGGUCUGCAUUUGAAUUGGAUUCACAGAGAAGCAUUCCAUGGUCACAUAAUGAAUAGGGAGAACAGAUAUUUUCAGAAAAAUCAACCGAUUGUUUUUUCCAGAAACAGAACAGAAAAUGUUCAGAAUAUUUUCAAAUUUGUCAGAUUCUUCUAUGUUUCCUUUGAAAUUUAUUAUUUAAGCCUAUUACUAAACCUUUAUAAAAAUAUAUUUGGCAAAUACACCAAAGAAACCAGCUUACAAAAGAUUAUGAUCAUUAAUGAACUGCAAACCUCAUCUUUCGAAAACAAGGUUUUGUGUUUUUUUUUUUUUGUAAAUAUUUGUGUUUAUAAAUGUACAGCAGAGUAAGAGUGUUUUUUAGAUUAUUUAAUUCCCAUAUUUCUAAACUAUUUACUACACAGUAAUCCAUGCCUGUUAGUUUGGAGGACUUGCUGUCUCGUUUUUGAAUUCAUUAUCAGUCAUGCUUGGAACAGCAUUUCCACUAGAGAAUCCAGCGUUCUGGCAGUAGCAAGAGUACACAUCUGGAGCAUGAGGGACUCUAGCAUGACUCGUCAGAUGCACACCCUAAGAGACAAGAAUGUGUAGUUUAAUGACCGGCGUGGACCAUACGAAAUUGAGAUUCUAACUUUCCUGCAGGAGUGCUCAUGAGCCCAGAAUGUGAUUGGGAUAAGGCUAUUUGCCCACAAAUUUAGCUUUCAUGUAACUCCUAGUGUGUUAUAUCAUAAUGUAUUUUGUUCUUCCUUUUUAAUGUAAGUUUUGCUUUGGGUCAAUUUGAAUUAAAUCAAAUCUGAUUUAAAA